UUUACAAGAUGUACCAUAUACAUAAUUCACGUUAGGAUAAUUCAAAGUAUUCACUCCGUACAAUUUUUUCCACCAGACAAUUUUUAUUUUCUGCGAUAAAUGAGACUUUUAGUUAGAAAUAAGAGUAAUUAAUACAAGUUUUAUACUCUCCGUCAUCUUCUGAGCUUUGUUACACCGACUGAUCUACCGUUGCCGGUGAUCACUUCGCCGCUUCGUCGGAAGCCACCGUCAUUUCUCUCCCCAAUUUCCCAUCUCUGUUUACUAUCCUUACAUUUGCAGUGUGCUUUAUUCAUCAAGCAUCGAUCAUGUGGAAGUUUAAGCCCUUUGUGCAGAAGGAAACUUCGGGGCUUGAGGGCCGUUAUAUUGAUAUUGGUGACACUAAGGUUAAUGUCAAGAAUGUCAUUGCUGAGGGAGGAUUCUCUUCUGUUUACUUGGCUAAAUAUGCAUUGAAUGCAUCGAAGCAAUAUGCUUUAAAGCAUAUCAUAUGCAAUGAUCAGGAAUCAUUGGAUUCAGUGAAAGAGAUCCAAGUACUAAAAUCUCUGAAAGGACAUCCUAAUGUGGUUUUGCUUGAUUCUCAUACCAUUUUGGAUAUGGGAAGGGCAAAAGAAGCACUUCUUCUGAUGGAAUAUUGUGAGAAAUCUCUGGUAAAUGUUUUAGAGAGUAGAGGAGCUUGUUACUUUGAUGAAAAACAAGUCCUAACAAUUUAUAGAGAUGUUUGUAAUGCAGUCUUUGCUAUGCAUUGCCAUUCUCCACCAAUUGCCCAUCGUGACUUGAAAGCAGAAAAUCUUUUGCUGGGUUCAGAUGGGUCAUGGAAAUUGUGUGACUUUGGAAGCACUUCUACCAAUCACAACCGCUUUGAGAAACCUGAAGAAAUGGGAAUUGAAGAAGACGACAUUAGGAAACACACGACACCCUAUAGAGCACCUGAGAUGUGGGCUCUGUUCCGAAGAGAUUUCAUUAGUGAGAAGGUGGACAUAUGGGCACUUGGCUGUUUGCUCUACUGUAUUUGCUAUCUCAAAUCUGCAUUUGAUGGCGAGUCAAAGCUACAGAUUUUGAAUGGAAAUUAUCGCAUCCCAGAUUUGCCAAAAUACAGUGUUUCCAUUACUGAUUUAAUCCGAGACAUGCUUAACUCUUCCCCAGACUCCAGACCAGACAUCACACAGGUCUGGUUUCGUGUCAAUGAGCAAUUACCUGUUGGAUCACAGAAGUCAUUACCUGAUCGACCGCCUAAUAUGCAUGAAUUAGCUCCAGGCUAACCGAAGGUACUUUGCAACAUAUCUG